AAGCGGAGUCUCUGGUUACGGGGUCGGGCAAAGGUUAAAGGGCAGCCUCCAGGUGGGAGAGCGCCGACUUUGCGCAAUGGCCGCCUCUGGGGAACCCGGGAGGCAGUGGCAGGAGAAGGUGGCGGCGGCGGCGGUGGUGGUGGUGGGCUCCUGCAUGACCGACCUGGUCAGCCUUACUUCUCGCCUGCCAAAAACUGGUGAAACCAUCCAUGGUCAUAAGUUUUUUAUUGGCUUUGGAGGGAAAGGUGCCAACCAGUGUGUCCAAGCUGCUAGGCUUGGAGCAAAGACAUCUAUGGUGUGCAAGGUUGGCAAAGAUUCCUUUGGCAAUGAUUAUAUAGAAAACUUGAAACAGAAUGAUAUUUCUACAGAAUUUACAUAUCAGACUAAAGAUGCUGCAACAGGAACUGCUUCUAUAAUUGUCAGUAAUGAAGGCCAGAAUAUCAUCGUUAUAGUGGCUGGAGCAAAUUUACUUUUGAAUACUGAAGACCUGAGGGAAGCAGCCAGUGCCAUUAGCAGAGCCAAAGUAAUGAUCUGCCAGCUAGAAGUAACUCCAGCAGCUUCUUUGGAAGCCCUGAGAAUAGCCCACAGCAGUGGAGUAAAAACACUGUUCAACCCAGCGCCCGCCAUUGCUGACCUAGACCCCCAGUUCUACACUCUCUCAGAUGUGUUCUGCUGCAAUGAAAGUGAGGCUGAGAUUCUGACCAGCCUUGAGGUCGGUAGCCCCUCGGAUGCUGGGAAGGCUGCGUUGGUGCUCAUGGAAAGGGGCUGCCGGGUUGUAAUCAUCACCUUAGGUGCUGAAGGAUGUGUGAUGCUGUCACAGACAGAACCUGUCCCAAAGCACAUUCCCACAGAGAAUGUCAAAGCUGUGGAUACUACGAAUGAAUUUUCACCCCCGAGAAUGCAUGCCCUGGAUGGAAUGAAGGGUCUGCUCACAUUUGGAGUGAGUGGUGAGGGCGCUGGUGACAGUUUUGUGGGAGCGUUGGCCUUCUACCUGGCUUACUACCCUAAUCUGUCCUUGGAAGAAAUGCUCAAGAGAUCCAAUUUCAUCGCAGCAGUCAGUGUCCAGGCUAUAGGAACACAGUCAUCUUAUCCGUACAAAAAAGACCUGCCCCUUGAUCUGUUUUGAUUGCUAUUAACUCCAAAAUAAAUAUACCUGGCAAUAAAGUGUACUUGGGGAUGGCCACUCUUAACUAGCAACUUACUGUCAUCUUCUCCUUUCUUUGCAAAUACUAUUUUCAUUUACUAAGUCAUCCUCAAGCCUUCAUUCAUUUCUUUAUAAUGAUGAUUUCUUUGCUUUUCAUGCAGAAGUCAACUAGACAGAAUUAAGGAUUCCACAACGAAGACUUGUACAAACAAUACUACUAUUCAGGAACCAGCAAACUCUACUGCCAACACAUCAUGAUACUAUAAUGUACACCAUACAGCAGAGGUUGCAUACAAUGGUGUCUAGAGUCAGAGCAGAGAAUGUUAAAUAAGGGAAGGAGGCAUAUGAAUUGGGCCACUCAAGCAGUUCCUUAGCGGGGCGGCUGACAUUCAGCUUUGCCUUUAGUGUUGUCAAAGCUUCUGGUUUUGCAAGGGAAGCCAGAAGUUUGGAUGUUUAUUGAAAUCUUUCAACAUUUAAGUAUCAGCAACUGAUUUUUUUUAAUUGUAAAUACCACCUGUGGGCUGCUUUCAGCCCAUGUGCUGAAUAGACAAGUCAUUUGCUAAGCCAGAUUCUAAGUUUUUUGAAAAAAAGGUGAUUCAUGCAUGUCACAGACCCUUUACACUGGGCUUAGGUAGGAUCAGGUGAAGGAUUUUUCUUGUAACCCAAGACCACAAUGUAGUUUCCAUCUAAAAACAGCCAAGAUCUCACCUAGUAUUGCUUUGAAUUAGAGCUUUAACAAAAGAUGCCAGAAAAAUAGCUGAUUGACUAUAAUGCCACAAGCCUCUAAGAUUCAACAACUGUCUAAUUUCAUUUCCAGAGAGCUGCGCUCACAUUUCCUCAGGAGACAGAUUGGGCCACAGGGAGGAACACCUGUUAUUUUGGAACAACAUUGGUUUCUUAAUGCUUGUGGUCAUGGUGAACACUCUAUCCUUCUCCCCUAUAAAUGCAGUAGGAUACGUACCAGCAGAGCUCAAAAUGUGAGCUGAUCCUUACCUUCAACCAGAAAUUUGACAAGUAAAGGAGAAAAUGGGCAAUUUUGAAAAUCUGUAGUAAACAAUAGCUUGAGUGGCAAAGUGUACAGAUCUGGGUAGGGCAGGAGUCCUUAUCUGAUAGGGAUUUCCAAGCUGAUUAGCUGUGUGGUACCACUGCCCCAGAAGCCCUAGCCAUUAGCUUUAUGGAAAUACACUAUAGCACCUCUUAUUUAAAAAAAAAAAAAAAAAAAUCUAGGAGUUAAAGCGGUCCAAAGCUGUCCUAGAAAAUCCUAGAUGCUACUUUGGAGACAUGAGUUUGAGAAUAUGGA